AUGGCCGAGAUGUGGCGGAGCCCCCAGAUGGUCCCCCGAUUCGUCGGAUUCCUCUCCUCCUUCCUGCAGAGAGUGGCAGAGACGAACGACGCCCUCUGGAUCCACGGCGGAGGCGGAGUGCCGCCGUGCCACCACAAGGUCACCGUGUUCCACGGCCUGUCGAAGCCCGGCAUCACGGUGGCGAGUUAUCUGGAGCGGAUCUUCACCUACGCCAACUGCAGCCCCUCCUGCUACGUUGUCGCUUACAUCUACCUCGACCGCUUCUCCCGCCGGCAACCCCUCGUUGCUGUCACCUCCCUCACUGUCCACCGCCUCCUCAUCACCAGCGUCAUGGUCGCCGCCAAAUUCAUGGACGACGUGUGAGUCUCUCUCCCUCUCCCUCUCCCUCUCCCUCUCUCUCUUCCUCCCUCUCUCUUUGCGAGGGGAUCUCGGACCACUGGAGAGGGUUUAUCGGAGAAUUAUGCGGCUUCUGGAUCGCAGCGAACGGAAUCUUGAAUGCGCUUUGAAGGAGAUUGUGGGGAGAUUUGGUAAUCGAUUUCCGAGAUAGAUUUUGUCGUGGCUGCUUGUUAUUCUUGAACCCCCCCCUCCUCCUCCCUCCGCGGAUUCCUUGCCUUCGCAACAAGAAGAUGAAAAAUGUGGGCUCACUUUCCCGGUUUUCACCCACUCCGGCUCUCUCUCCCUCUCUCUCUCUCUCGCUAGUUUUUUCCUUCUGGGUGCAUCUGGUCCUGUGUUCUUCCUGGGUUUUUUCACUCUCUGACCUUCUGGGGCACGGCACCGGCCUUCAGCCCUCCCUCCCUCCCUCCCUCUCUCUCUCUCUCUCUCUCUCUCUCUCUCUCUCUCUCUCUCUUAUUCUCUCUCUCUAGAUAUAUAUACAUGUAUCGGUGCCAACCAAGAUUGUGGGGAUCGGGUGACUUGGAAGCAACUCUCCUUCCGGAAUUAAAUUCGAUCCACCUAAUUUGGUCACGGCGGACUCUUUUCUCCCUCAUCUUCGUCUCCGGCGCCGGCGACUUCUCCUCUCACACCGAGUUUUAGACAGAUCCUCCAUUCUCCAUCCUCGAUUCUCCGUUUCUCUCUCAUCAGAUAUUGAGGCCUUUCUUCUCCGGCGCCGGCAGGUGCUACAACAAUGCCUUCUUCGCCAAGGUGGGCGGCGUGAGCACGCUGGAGAUGAACUUCCUCGAGAGGGACUUCCUGUUUGGGCUAGGGUUCCGGCUGAACGUGACGCCCUCGGUCUUCGGCUCCUACUGCGCCCACCUCAAGAGAGAGAUGCUGCUCGAGUUUCCCUCUCCUCCCCUCCACUGCUUCCUCUCUGACGAGGAGCCCUCAUCUGCUUCCGCCGUCGCCUCUGCUGCCGGCCACCAGCAUCAGACCCAGCUCGCCGUCUGA